AUGUUAAGGCAGGAAAACUUGGCAGCUAAUUUUUGUGGAUUAUUGGCGAGCCAGGGAUACACAGAAAAGUCACUGGAAUGGCGAGUAUUAGGGCAAGAAAAGGAUGGUUCUAUGCUGGCCUCCUGGCAAUUUGAAAAGGUGGAUAGCGGAAAAAGAGAGACUUGCAUCGGACACUUCAACCCAAAUACCAAAACACUGCGUAUUCUGCAUCGACUAAAAGAAUGUGUCGAAGUUGUGCAGGCCACCGUAAAUAAUUCGGUCAGUCUUCUGGCCUACGUUGUAAAAAAAGUGUUUGAUGAAACAGAGUGUGAAUCGGACGCUUGUCAGCCUGGUCGCUCUUAUUACUAUGCAUAUAUUGUUGAAGUACGAUCUAAAGAACUGAGUCCCGAAUGCACAUCCUUACUGAAGGUACCGAGUAAGCGUCAAGUAUUAACGCAAUUCUUGUGGCGCACAGAAAACCGAUUUGAUAAGGUUUGGCAAGAUAAACUUCUGGUACUAACACAUGGAAUAAGCAUUCUCCAGUACACAUGUACAAUUAAAACAAGAGAUCUCACGGCACUUACUUUGGAUUUUGCCAACGAUGAUGAAUGGUAUCUGGAUCCAUCAAUAUUGACAGCUGAGUGCUUAGUAAAAAAAUUUACUUGGGCCCAAUGGGAUAGUGACAACCAAGCUCUUUACUACAUACAUAUGAAACCAAAGGCGAAGAGCAUUUCACUUAUGGAAUCUGAUGGCGACAAUGAAAACAGUGAGAAUGUAAUGAGUCCAACAUUAUCAGCAUUUCAGUUUAACGACAAGUUACCAACAGAAACGGUGUUGAAUAUACCCUUAAAUUUGCCCAAAUUACCAACUGGUUCAUUCCAUGACGACGAUGAUCCUACUUAUGAGGAUGACGUAGUACCACUCAGAGUUCACGACACGUCUUUAAACCUAAUUAUAUUGGCCGAUUCUAGUGGAAUGCUUUUCGUUUGCCAUUAUUAUCUGUACCAACCAAUACAGCCAAAAAAUGUCGACGAAAGUGAAACACCAUCUGCUGGAAGCUCAACGACGGCAUCAUCAGCAACAUCUGCAAAUGGUCGGAAAGUUGAUGUCCAUUUCGCUUACUCCGUUACUUUGCUGCAUCAUGGCUGUGUUGUGCAUUGUGUAAUGCCAGGUGUGCCUUGGGAGAAGGCCCGCCUGUUAAAGCCCACUUUUGCUUUACAUGGCUCCCAUCACUUGCUUGUAUUUCAGCCAGAUUUGUUUGUUCAUCUUUUGGACGUUGGUUUGACACAUGAACCUUGUUGUCACAUAGUAUGCCCGGCUCACAACCGAAAUCCACUAACCCACCUUGUUCCAUGCCGAAAAUGGGGUUCCAUGGCAUAUGAUACGGCCACAUUGGAUUUAGUGUCGUUGUCCGUACCACGUUCGCACCUUAUAGAAGCAUUUCGAAAUGAUACUUCCGUUGAUAAUAGAUUAAGUAUAAUACAUCAUUUUUUGGUUCACGCCUCGAACGAUCAAUUGGAUGUAUUGUCAGAACUUUUAAGUAUUAUAAUGGAACGACCAUUGUCCUUGGAUACCGUUGCUUUACUAAAAGAGUCUCUAGUUGCUGGCAGUUAUGCGGCAGCAUUACGCGGCCUACCAUCAGAUGCCAUAAGUAUGUCGAAGUUCUUGCCGCUAACUACAGCUGACGCAUCAAAACCGAUACAGGCAAGAGUGGCCGAUAUUAGCGUUGGUAUCUCUCAUGAGAGUCUGUGGAAUACUAGUAUGAUGCUAUUGUCCCCGCAACAACGUCUGUCGCCGUAUAAAGCUGAUAUUUGGACUCGUCUGUGGGAACACCUAAACGAUGCUGGACAAAAAGAAAAUUCGAAUUGUGCGAAUAGGCGCUUCACCGUAGAGCAAGUCAGUGAGAAAUUGAUGUUUUCCUUGGCCUGCUACCAGCCAGAAGCAUUGUCAAGAUGCACAACACCCCAAACGACUACUCCUGGUGCAGGUAGCGGGGGUUGUGGACUUAAUGACUUUUCUACGGCAAGUCGUCGCAGUUGCAAUGAAGUUAUGCCAUUUAUAGAAGUUGAAUCGUGCACUGCAACCAAACAGGAGCAUGUUAUGUCAGUGACGUUACGUGAGUUAAGUGUACACUUGGUAAAAAACUCGUCUAAGCCAAACAGUGGAUUUCGAUGGUUGAAAGAGACUUUCUUUGAAAGAUCUCAAGCUCCGGCACAUGUGCACGCUGUCGCAACACAGUAUGUUGCAUCACAAUUAGAUUUAUCUCGCUCCCUUUGUUCAUUAGUCUGCCGGGCUGCCGGUUUGGAUGCCAGACAUGAAACCUUUCGGGGAUUUCAAUUAAUAGACCAAAUGAGCAAUGGUCAACAACAUUCGCUUUUUCUUAUUUUGGAAAGAUAUUGUUUGGCUGUAGACUCUAUAGCAUUCCCUCUACCACAGGGAUUUGCCUCAUUCUUUACAUACCUCGGAUACAGGGCUCUAACGUUUGACAUGUUUCUGCAAUAUGUUCAGAAUUUUGUUUUCGAACUUCAAAUCGAUGUUAUGAAAGCAAUCAUAAGCGAUAUUGAUGACUCAAAAGAUGGUAUCGAAAAGAAAUUGUCAUUGUUGUCUGCAUUACCAAAGCAACGUGCUCAACGUUUACUUAAAAAUUGGAACCACCCUGAAAGUUUAAUGAUUAGAGGCCGAGAACACGCAGCGAAUAUUCUAUCAGGCAACCCCGUACAACAACGGAAGGGAAGUGUUUGUAAUAUGAACUCCCAACAACGAACGAAUGUUCGAAAUGGAAUUGCCGCAGACAAACUGUCACCAUUGGAUUCAUUUUUGGAUCUUCUAACUGCCAAAGCUAGUCUAAACGAAUUGGAUUACAAUUUACUUAUUGAAACUACAGUGUCAUCCAUGGAUCAUUUGAAUACAAAUUAAUUGUGUGCCAUCGUAUUUUCUCCAUAUG